AUGGCAGCUGUGACGGAGAGCCUGAGCUCGUCCUCUGCUGCCUGGUGUGCGUUCUACGGUGCCGGAAUCAUUUGCACCCUGGUCGUCUAUGGCAUCCUCCAGGAAGGCAUCAUGACUGUGGCUUAUGACGGAAGCCUCUUCAGAUACUCCGUUUUCAUGGUGCUGUGCAAUCGGCUGGCGGCGGUGGUCUUCGCGGUGUCCAUGGCAGCCGCAAAGGGCGAGUCCAUGAGAAACGAGGCGCCCCUAUGGAAAUACCUCAUCGUCUCUCUUUCCAAUGUCUACGCCAGCUCGUGCCAGUACGAGGCCUUGAAGUACGUGUCCUUUGCAGUGCAGAUGCUGGGGAAGAGCUUCAAGAUGAUGCCUGUCAUGAUCUGGGGCAUGAUCAUCUCCGGAAAGUCCUACAGUGUAAGGGACUGGGUCGUGGCCCUUUCCGUCACGCUGGGCUGCACGGAGUUCCUGAUGACAGGUCCAACACACUCCAGGGUGGAUGCCAACAACAGCUUCAAGGGCUUCGUGUUGCUAGGCGGCUUCCUUGCCCUCGACGGCCUCACGUCAACAUUUCAAGAGAAGCUCUUCAAGGAGCACAAGACCACCAAGUACAACCAGAUGUUGUACAUCAACCUCCUGUCGGCCACCGUCUCUAUGGUCACGCUCUUGGUGACUGGAGAGAUGUGGCCAGCAGCCGCCUUUGGCUUUGCGCACCCGCGCUUUUGGCUGGACUGCGGCAUGCUGAGCGCGUCGGCGGUGGCGAGCCAGUUCUUCAUCUACUCGCAGAUUAAGGAGUUUGGUGCCUUGGUCUUUGCGGCGACGAUGAACGUCCGCCAGGUUGUGUCCAUCUUGGUCUCCUACGUCAAGUAUCACAAUCCUGUGACGCACUUGCAGGUUCUGGGCCUGUGCGUCAUCUUCUCCGCCCUCUUCUACAAGUCGAUCGCCGCUAUGCUGACGGCACCCAGCAAGGAGGAGAAGAUGCCGAUUCUCGCAGCGAAGGCCACGGAGCCUGCGGCGGACAAUGAUGCCAGCAAAGCCGUGUAA